AUGUUGGGGCGAAUUGCAACAUGCUCUGGCGCACAAGUUAGAGCAUAUUCAGAGCAUAUUCAGAGCAUAUUCAGAGCAUAUUCAGAGCAGAUUCAGAGCAUAUUCAGAGCAGAUUCAGAGAUACUCAGAGCAGAUUCAGAGCAUUCUCAGAGCAUAUUCAGAGCAUUCUCAGAACAUAUUCAGAGCAUUCUCAGAGCAUAUUCAGAGCACACUCAGAGCAGAUUCAGAGCAUACUCAGAGCAGAUUCAGAGCAGAUUCAGAGCAUACUCAGAGCAUACUCAGAGCAUACUCAGAGCAUACUCAGACCAGAUUCAGAGCAUAUUCAGACCAGAUUCAGACCAGAUUCAGAGCAGAUUCAGAGCAGAUUCAGAGGAUACUCAGAGCAUACUCAGAGCAUACUCAGAGCAGAUUCAGAGCAUACUCAGAGCAGACUCAGAGCAUACUCAGACCAGAUUCAGAGCAUACUCAGAGCAUACUCAGAGCAGAUUCAGAGCAUACUCAGACCAGAUUCAGAACAUAUUCAGACCAGAUUCAGAGCAUACUCAGACCAGAUUCAGAGCAUUCUCAGAGCAUAUUCAGAGCACACUCAGAGCAUACUCAGAGCAUACUCAGAGCAUACUCAGACCAGAUUCAGAGCAUAUUCAGACCAGAUUCAGAGCAGAUUCAGAGCAGAUUCAGAGCAGAUUCAGAGGAUACUCAGAGCAUACUCAGAGCAUACUCAGAGCAGAGUCAGAGCAUACUCAGAGCAGAUUCAGAGCAUAUUCAGACCAGAUUCAGACCAGAUUCAGAGCAGAUUCAGAGCAUACUCAGACCAGAUUCAGAGCAUACUCAGAGCAUAUUCAGAGCAUACUCAGAGCAUACUCAGAGCAGAUUCAGAGCAUACUCAGACCAGAUUCAGAACAUAUUCAGACCAGAUUCAGAGCAUACUCAGACCAGAUUCAGAGCAUACUCAGAGCAUAUUCAGAGCAUAUUCAGAGCAUAUUCAGACCAGAUUCAGAGCAGAUUCAGAGCAUACUCAGAGCAUACUCAGAGCAGAUUCAGAGCAUAUUCAGACCAGAUUCAGAGCAUAUUCAGAGCAUACUCAGAGCAUUCUCAGAUUAUUCUCAAAGCAUAUUCAGAGCAUACUCAGAGCAUACUCAGAGCAUUCUCAAAGCAUAUUCAGAGCAUACUCAGAGCAUACUCAGAGCAUUCUCAAAGCAUAUCCAGAGCAUACUCAGAGCAUACUCAGAGCAUUCUCAAAGCAUAUCCAGAGCAUACUCAGAGCAGAUUCAGCUGAAAGACAGUACUCUGGCAACUUAG